CAGUUGGCUGGUAGGUACAUGCAAAUUUAGUUCACUUUCAACCGCGAUCUAGUGUGCAGGUGUUUAUCGUGUAUAGCAAGCAGGUAAAGCCAUUUUGGGAGAUGAAUUUUAUCCCAUACCGUAGUAAAAGUGUUCCUCCUUUGUUGGCUGGACUGCCGGCCGGACUACGUGGUCGUGAUUUGAACCGAAAUGAACGAUCUAUGCCAUACAGUCGAAACAGAUCGUUGAUAGGUGUUCGUCAUAACACGGCACCAAGCAUCCCUAACAUUUCUGGGCAACCCGAUCGAUCCGAAAGCAAUACCGGACGAGACGGUGCUUAUGUUAUUGUGGUACUUGCAGAGGGUCGUGGACAUGCAGCUCUUGAGGUCGGCCUGGCAGCUAUAGAUGUAACUUCGCCGCAUCUCAAGAUCACCCAGUAUGGCGACAACUUUUGGUAUUCCGUAACGCUCACAACGCUGCACAGUCUCGAUCCAACUGUGGUGUACUUUUCUGAGCACGCACUAGCCAACGGGACAUCGUAUCUGCCUAAAUUGAUCCACCAAUUCUUACCGCAAACGAAAGUGCUCGGCUUGGGAAGAUCGUACUUCAAUGAUAGUAUCGCCGAGAGCUACAUGUCGCAACUGUGCAGCCGUGAUUAUGCGAAGCUUCGAGGGCUGAUCCACAACAAGUACUAUGGAAUGGCAUCCUGUGGCGCAUUGCUUAGACACUGCAUGGAAACGGCUCUGCUACAGAUUGCUACCAGAACGCUUAAGCUAAGUUACAUCGAUAAGAUGUCCACGAUGACGAUGGAUGUGGAAUGUAUAGGGCAGCUGGAGCUGCUUGGACCGCUCCAGAAAGGUGACGAAAGGAAGUCACUGUUUGGGUUCAUGAACCGUUGCAUUACCUCCAUCGGUAAGCGCCAUCUACGGGCAAACAUUAUUGAGCCAUGGACGAGUCGUACGCGAUUGGAACUGCGCCUAAACUGCAUACGGGAAUUGCUAGGGAAGCCAACACUUCUGCAAACAAUACGCCGAACUUUGACCGAGGUUAAGGAUGUUGGAGGAUUGCUUAAGCUAUCGGUGGACAUUGAUCGAAUGAAAACAACUCAUCAAAAUACCAUUCAUAUGCUCAACCAAGCGUCAAGCCUUCGGAACGUGCUGAAAGUAGUGCCAAAGCUGCGCGACUUGUUGCGAGACGUUCACGCCGAGUACCUCAACGAUUUGAAACAAGCGCUCGAAGAACCGGCGUACGCUGAUCUGCUCGCGAAGAUAUGCGAAGUGUUGGAUGAUAGUCCGGUCGAACGAAACACAACCUACAAUAGGCUGUUUCUUGUCCGAGCCAAAAUCAACUCCAUACUGGACCUGCUUCGGUCCUUGUAUUCCGGAGUUAUCGACGAGAUUCGUCAAUAUGUGGCAGAGUUAAGUCUCGCAACUCGCAUGCAGCUAAAGCUCCAUCACUCCAAACAGAACGGUUUCCAUUUGCUGUACGUAUUGGCAAACGAUGAAGUGGAUAAUGUAGCGGAACAGUUGAACAGCAACUUUCAGAUACUAACACGCACCGGCCGCCGGUACACGCUUUCCAACGGACGGCUGAUGGCGUUCAAUGACAAGCUUAGUGCGGUUGGGAAAGAAAUUGACGAAAUUAGUUACGGCAUCAUACGGGGAUUGAUCGAGAGUAUUCGGGAUAGUAUAGACGCGGUGUAUAAUCUGGUAGGAUGUUUAACGGAUCUGGAUGUGGUGCAGGCACUUGCUACCGUUAGCCAGGGGAAAGAAUUCUGCGAGCCAACCUUUGGCGAGGAGACAAAGAUUGUUGCCGGGAGACAUCCGCUAUUGGAAAGCUUCUUCGGCGAACGAAAGAUUGUACGAAACAAUGUGAUCUCCACACCCGAGUACAAUGCGUUUAUCGUUACGGGUCCCAACAUGAGCGGGAAAACGGUGUACAUGAAAACGAUCUGUAUUUUACAGAUUAUGGCACAAUUGGGAUGCUACAUUCCGGCCGCACAGGCUCAGGUCCGGAUCGUUGACCGUCUGUUAACCAUCUUCGGUGAUGCUGACAAUCUUCAGCAGGAUGACACAGAUUCUUGCCAGAUGUACAACAAGCUGCAGUUUGUGCGGCACUGCCUGACGGCGAACAGUUUGGUCGUGAUAGAUGAACUGUAUGGUGAUACCCAUCUUCCCGAUACGGCCAGUGCGAAAUGGGCGCUGCUUGAGCGUAUCAUUGACCACGUUGGCUACUUUGGGGAACAGCGUGAGGAACCAAUGAUACCGACGCUGGCAUCAAUUCGGAAACCAUUCAUUUUCAUAACAACACACUGUAUGGAUCUGUUGCGACCGCUGGAGAUACAUCACAACGUGUCACAGCUCUGUUUGCAAACGGAAACUGUCCAAGUGGAUGGUGUUCAACGCCUGCGGUACAAGUACGUCGUCACCGAAGGUCGCACAGCGGUAAAAAGCUAUGGUCUAUCACUCGCCCGUACCGUCAACAUCCCGAAGGAUGUGCUGGACCGUGCGGAACAACUGUGCCGGUUAGAUUUGAAGCAACAUCUUACGGAAUGUGCCACCAACAAUCGGUCGCACAAUCGCACCGGCAAUCUGUCGACGACCACAAACCACACCCUGUCGACGCAGGGAAAUUUCAAUGAGUUCUUCAAACUGUUCUACCACAUUUACGGCAAGGUAGCGAACAGUGCGCGUAACGCUGAGGAUGUACAGCAGCAUCUAACCGAACAGCUCGAUCAGUUUCUCGCUUCCGUACCGGAAGAGGUGCGAGAAUUUCUCCGGGUAACGCCCCUGGAGCAGUUGCUGCAGCUUGACGCUUGACGUUAGCGACGUUCGUGCCGCUGUUGUUGAUCGCGUGCUUUGCUGCUGAUGCGAGUGUUUGUUGUUUGUUUUCCCAUUUUGCCAUCAGGGUCAUGAUACGGGGUGGCGAAUAAACAAGUGUUUAGUAGCGUAAUUUAGUGCUUACCCAGCUG